CACACUCGACAAAGGAGACUUCAAAGUCAAACGUAUCCUGCUGUACGCCGUGCGGCUGCGGUGCUCCUUAAAUAAAAACAGGCGACAGACAUCGUCAAACCUUUUACAAAAGUUAUAGUGCUGUUUUGCGGCAGCCGUUUUGAGUAACAACUAUUAAAGUUAACAACAAACUUAAGAUACAAAUAUUAAUAAGUAACUGCGGGAGUGUUUUUGAUACGCUACGCUUUUAACUUUUUUACAAGGCGGAACAACAGAUACCUCGUUGUCGUUGAACUCACUGUCCCUGACUUCCGCUCUGCCGCCGACGGAUCCUGAUCACCACAAUACACACAACAUGAACAAGCUGUGUCGUCAAGUGUCAAUUGAGUCGCCCGGACCGGGUGCCAAAAACUGCGUCUUCAACUUCUUUGUGCCCAUUGAGGACACGCCGGCAAUGGGCGCCCGCAUCCGGAUAGUAUGCGCCGGAGCCUGCUACCGUCGUCGCGAUCGGUCCAAUUCCAUUACCAGCAUGUCCUCGGUCUCUUCGGAGCUGAGCGACUACUGUCCGUCGGUAAACUCGAUGUCUUCGCCGGCGCACCAGGGAAUCCGUGAGGGAUCUUUCUUCCCCGGCUUUGAAGUGGCGGGCGUGAUCGAGUCCCUGGGUUCUGAGAUCACGGAGGCCAACAACCGUGGCCUGCGCAUUGGACAGCGCGUCAUCGUUUAUCCGUUCGAUGAAACUCCAGCCGGUUAUGCUGAGCUGCUGGUGGUUCCCGAUCUGAAGCACGUUGUGCCCAUCCCCGACAGUCUGCCCAUGGAGGUAGCCGCCAUGCUGCCUACAGGCGCCCUGCUUGCCUGGAAUGCCGUAUUCAAGGCUCAGGCAGUCGUCACACAGAUCCUCAGUCAGCGAGCUGCCACGGAGCCCAAGAGGAAGCCCAAGAUCUUGAUCGUCGGAACCGGCGGUCUGGCCCUUUGGGCCGUGCGCAUUGCCUCCUAUCACUUUGCCACGACUGGAGCCGACGACGUGGACAUCACAGUUGCCAGUCUCAGGGACGAGGGCUUCCGUUUGGCCACAGAGAUCAAGAAUGUCAGUGUGGUACAGUGGAAUGAAUGUCUGUACGAGCCACAGCUCAUUGAACGUACCAAGGAUGUGUGCGGUGGAGCCGUUGACGUGGUGAUUGACUUUGGGACCACCUCCAGGAGUCUACACCGCUCGAUGCACUGCCUGUCCAAAGGCGGCGUGGUCCUGAUCAGCGACGAGGUGGCGGAGAAGCUUCUGCCCAAGUUCUCGCGGCUUUCGGAGCAAUACCAGCAGGAGAUUAUCGCAAUCUCGAACGGCACCGCAGAGCAGCUGGCGGAAGUGGUGGAGCUGGUGGCUAAUAAGAAGAUCGAGCCGCCGCCACACUCCGUGUUCCCCUGCGAACAGGCGGCCGAGGUCAUCGCAAAGCUGUGCAACUCCGAGAUUCCCGGACGCGCCAUUCUCCGUUUCCACGACAUUGAGUAGGUGAUUUGGAGGAAGAGCAGAAGGAAAUGGAGUCGAUAUGACUUCCCAUCAAGGCAUUAACUCAUUUAAUAUGGAUAUCUGUUAGACGUAUUCAGAAAAACACCCGACAAAACACUGCAACCUGCAACACUCUCGAAGCGGAUUCAAAAAUGUGCUUAUUUUGUAGACGGCCAUUGUUUUGUAACCUUAAUUUUGGACUGCAGAUGAACUCCUCGUUUCAUUGAUUUAGCGUUAUAAGCAUUUUUAGUAUUAUGUACAUAUAGAUUGUGAUUUAUUUUAUUUGUAAGCAAACCCAAAACCACUAUUAAACUUUUGCAAAGUCACGAAUUACAUCACCACAUUUGCCGGAAUCGAGAUCCGGACAUGCUUCUUUAAUGAUUUUCGAUUACGUACAGAAACGCAACAAGAAGCGGAUUACAAAAUAAAUGUUAUACAUACUAUAUACAAAAUUGUUAUGCAUGCGAUGCAAAAUGUUUGAUUCAAUUGCUUGAUGUUUGUACUCAUUACGUACCCAACAUUAUACUCUACUCUUAUUCACAAAUAAAAGCCAUUAACUACCAA